AUGGAUUCUUUCGACCUCUCAAAUGUGGACAUGCCUUCCAGCGGCCUCCGCCUCCUCUCCGAGCCCACGCCCGACAUCAGCUCAAGCUCCGCCUCGCGCACCGGCCCCGGCGGCGCCGACCUAUCCCUCUCCGAGCUCUCCCUGUCCACCCGCCCAGAGCCCAAGCUCACGCUUCGCCGGCCGUUCAGCUUGCUCGCGCAGCCGCAGACGCCAGAGCCGGACGAGAGCGCGUUCGCGCACGACGGCGAGGACGGGGCGGGCGGGGAGGCGACGAUGACGCAGGAGGAGCAGGAGAAGGCGCGGCGCGCGGCGACGCGGACGCGCGAGGAGCGGCUGCAGCAGGACCUGUUCCUGCUGAGGAAGCUGAACGCCGCGUUUGACGUGUACAAGGACGCGCUGCGGGCGACGAAGUCGAGCACGGACAGGGUCGCUGUGAGGCUGGAUCACACGAACGCGCUGCUGGACAAGUAUGUCCGGAUGCUGUCGAAGUCGGAGAAGAUCACGAAGCUUAUGCUGGACGAGCGAUGGUACGGUGCGGACGCUGACGAAGAACAGUUGGACCGUGAAGAAGCUGAGGCACGCGAACGUGCGCAGCGCGAAGAGGAAGAACGUCAGCUCGCCUUGCAAAGAGAGAAGGAGAGGCUCGAGCGAGAGCAGCGCGAACGUGAAGAGCGCGCACUUCGCGAGCAGCAGGAACGCGAACGGGCCGAGGCGGCGGCCAAAGCCCUCGGGGAAGCGGAGUACGAGGGUUCGAAUCGUGGAACUGCUUCAACAACUAGCGGCCUUCCUGGUGUAAGGCGCGGAACCUCUGUCAGAGGGACCACGACGACCUCAAGAGGAGGAAUACCCCGGAGAACAUGA